AUGACUACAUGUUUGACGGAGUUGUACUUGUGGUCACUGAAGGGAAAUAUCUCUAUACCAAACCAUGUUAUUGGAUGUCACAGCUAUCAUGAAAAAGGAGAAGCAGGCUCUAACAGUCCAUAUUAUGAGGAAAAGCAACAGUUUACUGAAGGUAGAGAUAUGGUGUGGGCACCGAAAAAUAAAAGACCAGAAAAGCUGAAGGACAAUAUCAAAGAAAUGGAGGAAUUAUUAUCAGCAUUUAAGAUGAUUGAGCUUCGUUGGAGAAGUCGCAAGUGUUUACAGAUGAUUCUUAGCAACGCAUGUAUCAUCAAUGUAGUACUUACAGGACACUCUGGAGAUAUUGAGAAGUUGCUCAUUGAUAAAUCACUUGUUGGCAAAUUAAGUGGGGAAAUUAUCUCUGAUGCAUGUAUGACUGAUCAGUACAUAGUAACUACAUACUCAGACAAGGCCAGGUUAGACUAUAUCUACUUCUGUAAGCGACCACCUCUUGGAGAGGCUAUUAAAAAGCUGGAAAAGGUCUCUGCUUGGGAUCCUAAGGUUACACAAGUAGACAUUCCAGGACCAGUGAAUAGAAGACUGGACAGGAAAUUGUCUGUGAACAUGCACCAAGAUAUGGUGUUGGUGUGGUGGAGUAACUCCAGUAAGGAAGCAAUGCCCUGGUCUCCGAUGGCGUCAGAUAAAGACAGAGCAAAUCUCAUUAUCAUAUCAAUACAUGGUCCCAAUGUUAAUGUUCUGACAUUCAACAGAACAGAAUGUGAUCCUGUUUUUGCUGGCUUCAGUAAAUUACAGCCUCACAAGUUGUAUACAGUAGAACAAGGGAUGAGUUCAGGAGGGGAGACAACUGCCAAGGCUUGUACUUACGAAGUUGUUCAAGGAAAGAUUCAGAGAGUGUCUAUUGUAAAUAUUCCCCUGAAAAGUAUGGUACAUUGUGAGAGUAGAAGUCCUGGAGAAGACAAACUUCUACUUGGCUGUGCAGAUGGAACCUUGGUUAUGUAUGAUGAGAAUAGAAAAAUUACAGAGAUGAACAGGGCUGGACUAGUUCCAAGUUUAGCAGCAUGGCAUCCGACAGGAACCAUAUUUUAUGUUGGAAGUAACAGAGGAGAUCUUCAGGUGUUUGACAUGGCUCUGUCUCCAUUGAGGAUACAACUGUUAGCAGAGGAACCAAAUCCUCAUAGAAUUCUUCCUACCAGCAAGUUCUUCAAAGCACCUCCACCCCUGAGAGAGAUUCAGUGGUGCCCCUUUGACCCCCAGGCAGCUGAUUGGACAGGAGAUUACACUGAUGCUUUGGCAGUUGUGUAUGACAGGGGACCUGUUGGUGUACUGCUGAUGUCUUUGGGUGUGGUGAGCAGAGAGAGAUUGUCCUGUGUGGAACUUACCAAGGAGUACAUCAGAUCCAAACAGAUAGAAGAUGCUGUGGCAUUGUUGUGCUCAAUGAACUGGGACAUAGAUGGCACAAGUUGUUACACCUGCCUGAGUGCGAUUGUUACACAUCUUCUCAAGAUGCCACUAAAUGCAGAAAGGGAAGUUCAUCUUCAGACAGCCUUGGGUACAUUCUAUCUUCCUAAACGACCACUGUCCGAGAUGACCAUACUGGAUUAUAGAGAUCCUAUCAGCAGAUUGGCUCGACGAUUCUUUCAUCAUUUACUGAGAUAUGCAAGAUUUGACAAAGCAUAUUUGUUAGCAGUUGACAUUGGUGCAAGAGAUUUGUUCAUGGAUAUUCACUAUAUGGCACUUGACAAAGGAGAGAAUGCCCUAGCAGAGGUGGCUCGCAAAAAAGCGGAACAAGUAGAUUCAGAAUCUCUUGACAGCUUUGAGGAUGAGUUACCAGGGAUGGAAGGAACGUUCUUCCAGCAACAUAAUGGUGCUUCAGUUAAUCUUCAGAGAACUGGAUCUGGUAAUAGGAAUAGAGAAAAUAUUCCUGCAUCAAGACAACAUCCUUGGCAGCAGGAUCAGAGGUCGCCACAGAUCACUAGAGCUCCUUUGACCUUUCAGCAAAGUUCAUCUGGUCAGUUAGAUCAAUCCCAUGGUGCUUCACAUGUAUCCCAUAGUUCAUCACAGCCAUCACAUCCAGGUCAGAGGUCGGGAAGGAGGAGGGUACAAUAUAGUGAUCAACAAUUAAGUCAAGACUUUGAUGGCAUAGAUCUAAACUCCGACUUUAUAAGAGAUUAUACAGCUGCUCUAAAUGAAGGUGGAACUGGGAAUCAAAGUAACGGACAACAGGAGGAUGGCAGCUCCGCAAACGUGAUACAUUUUGGAGUUGUUUAAUCAUAGGAAGAAUAAGACAUAAUGUAACUGUGAUAAAUUCCGUCCAUAUAAACAUUCCAUUUGUGACAUUUAUACUGAAUUUAUUUAUGUCAGACAUAUUCCAGUUGUGAAAUUUAUACAGUUCUUUCAUAUUGUGCUGGACACAGAUACUUUGCAUUUAUUUGAAUGUGUUCUUAGAUGGAAGAAGGGGAGCACUUUUCACAGAGAAUGUGUCUGAGGUUUUGUUGUAUUAGACAUCAAAGUUGAAUAAUGAACACCUAAAUUUGCUUUAAUAACAUUAUUCCUCAGAAAAUUCAGCCUGUUUGGUAAUAGUGACAUUUUUGGACAGUCUGUCAGUGUGCUUUGCUUAUAGUUCAGGGAUAUUUAAGGGAGAGGGAUCUUAAUGGACUAGUCUUUAGACCAUCUGUAUCAUACUAUUUUUAUACCCCCGUCUCUGUAAGAGCGGGGUGUAUUAUGUGAACAUCAGUGAUGGGCGGGUGGUUGGUAUCCACAGGCAUGUCCGCCCUGUAAGUCGAACAGUUUUCAUCCGAUCUUCACCAAACUUGCUGACAAUGUUUGUGGGCAUAAUAUCUCGGCCAGGUUCGAUAACCAGCGAAAUCGCCCCAGGCACUCUAGGAUUAUGGCCCUUGAAUUACUCGAAAAACUGCAAAUUUACCCUUGCCGCACUCUUAAAGUCGAAUAAUUUUCAUCCGAUCUACACCAAACUUGCUGACAAUGUUUAUGGGUAUAAUAUCUUGGUCAAGUGCAAUCUUGGAUUAUGGCCAUUGAAUUAUGUAACUGAAUAUUUUGAUGGGCAUAUUUUGCGACAGUCUGGCACUCUUGAUUAAAUCUAUAUACAAAUACAGGAUUGCAAUACUAUGUGAAAUGUUAGGAAAUUUUCACAGCCAGUUACAGAAAUAUAGCAAUCUCAUAUUCCCACCCCCUUUACAGAAAUUCUGUUGAAUUGUACCAAGGUUUUAUUUGCAAAGAAAAAAAAUAUUCCGAUUUAAAACCUACAUAAUAACCUAACUUAGAAAAAUGAAUUUAAUGACCCUAUAUACCCGAAAACAUGCAUUAAUUCGACAAAAUACCACAAACUGUGUGAUUAUUUGGUGGUCUUUUUAAUUCAGAAAACAUUACUUUGGAUGCCUCUUUCUAUCAGGAAUCUGGUUUUCAUUGAUUCACAUUGUGUAUCAAUUGACAAAAUUGAAAAUAUUUACUGCAAAACGAAAGCAAGCUCAUAAAAGUGUUGAAGCGCACCUGCAGGAAGGCUUAUAUAAUCUAUAAUAUUGGGACAGGUCGCCUCAAGCGUUUAAUUAGUCACUAGUAUUUGAUAUCAUCUUGGGGAAAAUAUACAAAGUCAGAUUUCUUAUAUACAUUUUACUCUCUUAUAUAUAUAUAUAUAUAUAUAUAUAUAUAUAUAU